AAAGAGAUGUUCAGUUGAGCUCAGCAGCUCAGCGGGGGAGUUUCUAAUCGACCGGCCCCUCGCUUCUUUUCUGGGGUCUUUUCGGUUUGUCCUGGCUGCUGCUGGUGCUCAUGGAUAUUACAAGCUUAAAGAAGAGGCUCUAAGCCAGUAUUUGUUACAGAAUGGUAUUAAGAAAGCGACUAAAAUGGUGCCUUUUGUAGUAGGAGUACUGAUGCUGCCGGUGCCUUGUAGCUGCUGCUGUAGAGAAAGUUAAUGAGUAGCAUCAUGUUAGCAGACUAGCUAAUGCUAGGCCUUCCGGUUCUGCUGCUGUCAGGACACUUUAUUGUUUUAUUUGCUGAUUUUUUUUAUCCUUUUUGCUUCCUGUGGUGAAUAAGGCACUGAAAUGAAGAGAGUGAACAGCUUUCAGAGGUUUAUGAACAGACGGGCCUCUGCUAACUGCCGCUACCAGCCCACCUGCUAUGAGCAUGCUGCAAACUGCUACACCCAUGCAUUCCUCAUCGUGCCGGCCGUCGUGGGCAUGGCGUUGCUGCAUCGUAUGUCGGACAACGGCUGGGAGCGCAUCACUGCCUGGGUGUACGGCAUGGGCCUGUGCGCCCUCUUCCUGGUCUCCACUGUGUUUCAUAUCAUCACCUGGAAGAAGAGCCACAUGAGGAAUAUGGAACAGUGUUUCCACAUGUGUGACAGAGUGGUCAUCUACUUCUUCAUUGCUGCCUCCUACACGCCUUGGUUGAACCUGCGUGAACUGGGCCCUCUGGCAGCACACAUGCGCUGGUUUGUGUGGCUCAUGGCUGCUGCUGGAACCAUUUAUGUCUUCAACUAUCAUGAAAAGUAUAAAGUUGUUGAGCUGGCCUUCUACUUGAUGAUGGGAUUUUUCCCCGCGUCAGUCGUGACAUCAAUGAGCAACACAGAGGGCCUUCAGGAGCUGGCCUGCGGUGGACUCAUCUACUGCCUCGGCGUGUUCUUCUUCAAGAGCGACGGCGUCAUCCCCUUCGCCCACGCCAUCUGGCACGUGUUCGUGGCGCUGGCCGCGGCCGUGCACUACUACGCCAUCUGGAAAUACCUCUACAAGACCCCCAGCGCAGACGCCCUCCUCCAGUCGUGACCACAGCCAGGGGUGCUGGACGCCAGUUCUCCACCUUCCACCAUGUGAGCUGCACACGGACUCCCUCAACUGCCCGCUGAAGCUGCAACGACGACAGCCGUAAAAAGUUUACGAAACCGUGAAUUGUUUACCGUUUUCUAACGCGGAGAACAGAUUUUUUUCAGCGUCUCCAUAACAAGCAAAAAGCUACUUUCUAAGCUGUUUUGUACGAUUUCAGUCUAAGAAAAAAACAACCUUGACAGCGAGGGGAGGGAACUUAGACUUUUUACAAUGAACCCUGGCACAUUCAUGAGUCUUUGAGAAAUUUGAUAGGAGUCUUUUUGUAUCACUUGAAGUGAGUCACAUUCCACAUAGGGGUCAUUUUGGGUGUCAAAACGUGGUAUUUCAUCCAUUCCGAACACUGGGGAUAUUGAGUGAGGUGCUAAAAAUCAGCUCUUAUCAGUAGCAGGGCUGGGUAUCAAUACCACAUUUAUACUUUUUUCUAUACUUUUUUCGAUACUUUGCUUUUUGAGAAAUAUAAACACAUAUCUCUAAAAAAACAAUUUAAAAGAAAACCAAAGAUCUUAAACGUAAACAGUGAUACAAGAACUUUGGAGAAAAUUAGAUUUAAAUCAGGAACUAUCUGAUCAAAGAAGAAGUAGAGUACAAAUCUGACCAGAUAUUUGAUGCCAACGUUUCAUACUCUGUACGAAAACGUACUGAGGCUUUAUACCCAGCCCUCGUCAGUAGUUAAAGAUUUGAAGUGUUUCCAAGUCGGUUAGGAAGGAAAGAAAUGACAAAAAAAAACUCAACGGGAGUUCGGUCAUUUGUUUUCCCCAUUUUCUUUUUACAGUGAUUUACAUUGUAAACCCAUGUGAUCCACAUCACACACUCAUGUGACCAAUUCAUGUAUUUUUCGGACCAGUAUCCAAAUGCAGUCCUCUGUUUUCAGGGAUCCACAGUUUCUCCUGUAAGUAUUUAGCGCCCCCUGCUGGCGGGCUGCUGUAAGAAAGGCGAUUAACAGCAUUUCAGGGUCGAGGUGGGAUUUUGUUAAAUGAGCCAAAACGAUGAGAGAAAAUCAGUUCAGGUAACACGACGAGAGAACUUUUUCCACUUUCUUAUUAAUGUGAACAGUGUGCUGUAGAGUGUGUUUGCACGACCGUUGUACUGUAGUCCAGUAUUACAUUUCCACUGAUUCUCUCUCUCUGUUUUUUGAUUUGCACCACUAGGACAAACUGUUUCCUGUCUGUGUUCUGAUCCGUGGAGAAAACCUCAUGUUCAUGUUUUUGUCUCCUGCUGUUGGUUUUUGUAAAUUUGCUUCAUGGCUCCUAACAUGUGUUCCUCUUAGUGAUGUUUGGAACUGAAUGAUUGCGUAUCUCUUAACUUGUGGCUCUCGUUGAAAAAAAUGACUUCCUUAACCACUGUGUUUUGUAAUGUUUGUAUAUUCUGUCGUUUGUUCCAUUGAUUACAUGAUCCUGGCCUUUUGCAGGGGGAAACAAAACUGCUGCUUCUUGUCUGUUCCAUUGGCUGUUAAUGGUGCUGCUGCAUAUAUACAUGAAUGCUCCUCCACUAUACUGGAUAUCACCUUUCUAAUGUGACAAUAAAAAAGUGAUAAUUCUCCAGA